CAGGCCUCGUUACAUGCGCCUGUCUCUCCCUCUCUCUCCAUCCCAACGCGACGGCAGCCAUUUUAUCUCGUGUCCGUCUCCUCAUCGUUCGCCGCAAUCAUGGUGAUGAAGGUUUAUGGAGCCGUUUUCUCCACCCCGGCGCAGCGGGUCCUCGCCGCCCUCUACGAGAAGGACCUCGUGUUCGAGUUCGUCCCCGUCGACAUGUGGGCCGGCGAGCACAAGCAGGAGCAUUUCCUCGCCCUCAACCCUUUCGGUCAAGUCCCGGCCUUUGAGGACGGAGACUUGAGGCUAUUCGAAUCAAGGGCAAUUGCCCAAUACAUUGCUCAUGCAUACAAGGACAAGGGGACGCCGCUCGUGUGCGAGGGCAAACUCAUGGCGAUUGUGAGCGUGUGGAUGGAGGUUGAGGCCCAUCAGUUUGACACCGUGGUGUCGAAGCUGCAGUGGGAGCUCGUGUACAAGCCGAAGAGCGGCAUGGCCACGGAUGUGGCAGUAGUCGAGGAGAACGAGGCCAAGCUGUCCAAGGUCCUCGACGUCUACGAGGCCCGGCUGAGCCAGUCCAAGUACUUGGGCGGCGACUGCUUCACCCUCGCCGACCUCCACCACCUCCCGACCCUGAGCAACCUAAUGGGGACACCAUUGAAGAAGCUGUUCGAUGCCCACCCCAAGGUGAACGCUUGGGCGGCCAAAAUCGUGGCCCGGCCUGCUUGGGCCAAGGUUCUGGCCAUGAAGAACCAGCAGUGAAGCAAUGGAUCCCGUUUAAAUUAUCUGGUGCUGUGGGGCAAUAACAUUAGACCUUUUCUACCCCUUUUUUGUGCGACCCCGUAAUCGUAUUUUGUCGUUGAUUCG